CGCUCGAGCUUGCCCUUCAACCACCAUGUUGCUCUCCAGACUCGCCUCCUUUGCCCCCCUCGCCCUCCUCCCCUUCGUCGUCGCUGAUGGCGUCCACAGGAUGAAGCUCAAGAAGCUUCCUCCCGCCAUCUCCAACCCUCAAUUGGAGAGCGCGUACCUCGCUGAGAAGUACGGUGGUGGUUCCCAAGUACCGCUUGGUGGUGGUAUUGGCCGCAACGUCCGCGUAUCGCGCCCGACAGUCAAGGAUGGCGAAGAGCUCUUUUGGACUCAGGACGAGUUCUCCACGGAGGGCGGCCACACUGUCCCCCUGAGCAACUUCAUGAAUGCUCAGUACUUCGCCGAGAUUACGUUGGGCACUCCCCCGCAGUCGUUCAAGGUCAUUUUGGACACCGGGUCGAGCAACCUCUGGGUGCCGAGCACCAAGUGCACGUCCAUUGCAUGCUUCCUCCACGCCAAGUACGACUCGAGCGCUUCGUCUACGUACAAGGCGAACGGUUCCGAGUUCUCCAUCCAAUAUGGCUCUGGCUCUAUGGAGGGCUUCGUGUCUCGGGACGUCCUGACUAUCGGCGACCUUACGGUCAAGAACUUGGACUUCGCCGAGGCUACUAAGGAGCCUGGUCUCGCCUUCGCCUUUGGAAAGUUCGACGGUAUCCUUGGUCUUGGCUAUGACACCAUCUCUGUUAACCAUAUCGUGCCUCCCUUCUACGCGCUCGUCAACCAGGGUCUCCUUGAUUCUCCCGUCUUCUCCUUCCGUCUCGGUGACUCGGAAGAGGAUGGUGGUGAGGCCAUUUUCGGAGGCAUCGAUGAUAGCGCGUACUCCGGCAAGAUCGAGUACGUCCCUGUACGGAGGAAGGCCUACUGGGAGGUUGAGUUGGAGAAGAUUCGCCUCGGCGACGAGGAGCUUGAGCUUGAGAACACUGGCGCAGCCAUCGACACUGGAACCUCUUUGAUUGCCCUUCCUUCCGAUUUGGCGGAGAUGCUCAACGCUCAGAUUGGUGCCAAGAAGUCCUGGAAUGGCCAGUACACGGUCGACUGCGCCAAGGUCCCUGACCUCCCCGACCUCACCUUCUUCUUCAACGGCAAGCCCUAUGUCCUGAAGGGCACCGACUACGUGCUCGAAGUCCAGGGAACUUGCAUGUCCUCGUUCACUGGUAUCGACAUUAACCUGCCCGGUGGCGGUGCUUUGUGGAUCGUCGGUGAUGUCUUCCUGCGCAAGUACUUCACUGUGUACGACCUGGGCCGGGAUGCUGUCGGCUUCGCUCUCUCGAAGUGAGAUGUCAGUGUUUCUGAGGACAGUCCCCAUACGACCGCUCGUGUUACGUUUCUUGAUACCUGCAUGUACAACACAUAGUCGCGGACGGAAUCAUAUGUUCAACAUUUCGCUCUGC